CUCGGCGGCUGAGUUUGGGCGGGUAGGUUAUUCUUUUGCUAAAUAUCCAUCAUCUAGCGCGUGUUCCCGUCCCGUUGUUCCACUAACACCCCUUAGCUCCUUGUUCUCUCUAUCUUCUCUAGCUCGGAGGAAGCUGAGAGUUUGGCCACCCCGAUGACGCUUCCAGUGAUGAGCCCUCCAUGACUCCUCAAAGUUCUCGUCACGGCUUCUAGAUCAAGCCCACAGUCGAAAACUGCACCUUAGGCUAAGACCUAUCUUUUGACAUGACCUAAUCCCAGUUUCACGCUUAUCUCGCAGACCAAACUCUCUGGAUAUCGACCCCUCGAUCAUAAUAUGCAGAUAAGUCAAUUCUUCUCUCCACCCAGAGAGGUUGAGAGGCUGGCCAUCUCAAGGAUAUCUCGAUGAUGGGUCUCUGAUUUCCGUCGCGAACCGCAUUCCUAACAAGCCGUCUCGUCUAGAUCGAUGGACCGGCGUACUUAUACAAUUCGCUCGAAACACUCACGAAAAAGAUAAGUCUCCUUUGCUUUCUUUGCCCGGAGGAGACUGAGAGUCUGGCCAUCUCAAUGACGCUCCAAUGAUGGGCUCGUUUGUUCGUUUUUUGCGCGCAAAAAGAUUGUUCUAACAAUAAACGCGCAGGCUGGUCUCCCGCUCGCGACAAUUCCCACUCGAAGACCAAUAGUCAAAACUGAGUCGCUUCUAACCUUCGCUCUGAGGAGUCUGAAGGGCUGGCCACCCCGAUGAUGACUCUGAUGACGAGCAUGUUUUUCGUGCAUCGUCGCCCGUUCAAAUGACUGACUAGAUUUCUGUCAGAUUCUUGUGCGAAUUCCGCUCAUAACGAUAAAAAAACAUUCGAGUGUCGGUUUUCUGACUGGAUGGGCCGCUGGCAUUGGAUGCACGAGUGAGAUAUGGUCCCUGAUGCGACGACUCGCCACGCUUGGACUCGCUCGCUGAGAUCGACAUGGAUAAUAACUUAUAUACAGUGAAGUAAUUACUGUGCAAGGCAAGUAUGACACUGCGCUCUAGUAGUCCUCCACUGACUUUCAGAACAGAUCCCAAACCGAAACUCGCGGGAAGACGAGUUUAAGAGACUCGGCGUGAUGUUUGGGCGCCUGGAUUCUUUUCAUCCUCUUGCGGCAUACCCUAGUCGAACCCUCGCUUGUAACACCAUCCAGAGCGUCCUCACCAAGCUCUAGUACAGUCACAUUUGGAUGCCGGAUGACCACACCCAAAAUCGACCCCAACGCGAUCCCGCAUCUGGCCGUGAUCCGUAAGACGUAGAGGUACUCGCGCAGCUCCAGUGCGUCCAAAAUGGCGGAAUAUCGUGCACCCGUCAGCUCUGGAUGAGGAAUCAACUCCAAUGUCGUCUUUUCGCGAUUGCCGAGUGUCACCAGCGUCAAUUCUCCACCACGAAGCUUUUGGACACGCAUCCCGAAAUCCUUGCCUCCUUCAUGCAACGGAUCUCGAUAACGCAUCGUGCGGUGGGGGGAUUUCCCCAAGUCAUGUGUGAUUCGGCUUUCAUCGCACCAGGGUAUAUGGUGCAUCGCGCGGUGUCUCGCGAGCAGGAAGGUUCCAGCAUUGUACACGACGCUUGCGACAGCGACUACGGGAACAACUGCGAUCAGGAAUACGACGGGCAGAUCCAGCAGACUGAUGCCCAUCAUCCGGGGUUGCGCGAGGAGAGGGAUGUAUUCUGUUGGUUGCAAGCGUCGUGAUGAAAUCUUGAGUCGACCGUUCAUCACAAAGACGACGAUAUCGAGUGCGCUGUGUGGGAUGGCGGUGACGAUGAACGUCGCUAUCUCGCGUGUGGAUGCAAACAUCUGCAUGGUCGGGGGAAGGAUAAUUUCGUCCAAUUGGAUCACAGAUUUCUCGAAUGAACCCAACAAGCGUAUGAGCUUUCGUCCGUCCCUAUGGCUGUACCCUGGGGGGCUGCCCUGCUCCAGUGAGAGACCACGCAAAGGCGCGAGACCAACCCCGAUAGCGAUAGCGAGGUGGCUGAAGCCAAGUGUGGUGGUGCUUAGUUUGCCGUUCUGCAGAUCCUCAUUCGGGAAUCCUGUUGCGUGUAGGAAGGGAAGUACGGACAAAAGUCGAAGGCGGGACGAGACCAACAUGAGACUAGAAAGGUCCACCGAGCGAAGAAAGGACACUAUUUCAGAAAGGAGUUCGUCGGGGAGGUCGAGCAAGGUCAUUCUCUCGGACCUCUCUCGGACCAGAGAGUGGGUGAGAAUCGAGAGGCGUCGAUAUACAUCUCGGGUCUACGAACAUCUGGUCUUCAGGCACGAUGUCACUACUCGGAGCUCACCGCCCAAGUCUCGACUCGACCUCUUGCGAGCACUCUCAGUGCGGUUGGGAAAGGUGCAUUCCACCCACAACACAAUGAAAGGAACAGUCUCUGAUUGAUCUUCCCACACAGCCUUGGAGUUUGACCUCGUUCAAGUCUGAAGAGAUGUGUGGCUCGAUUGGCGUUCCGGAGCCAGACUAGGUGAGGCACAUCAAGCGCUUAUCGAGCAAUGAGG